AUGGUCAUUCAAAACUUCUUCCUCCGUAAGGUUGGGAAGAAGUUUAAGUAUCCUAUGCUGCAACAGCAUCAGGUGCCAGCCGCACCAUGGACCCAAAAUGAUGUAAACUUAGCAAGGGCAACUAGGCAGCUACCUGGUGCUGCGCCUCCUGUCAUUGCAGCUCCUGUCAUUGCAGCUCCUGUCAUUGCAGCUCCUGUCAUUGCAGCUCCUGUCAUUGCAGCUCCUGUUGUUGCAGCUCCUGUCAUUGCAGCUCCUCUGGCAGCUCAUCCGGCAGCUCUUCCAGUUCAACCCUACCCUUGCAGCUUUUGGCCCAACAGGCCGUGGCACGCAGAUCCAGAAGACGCUUCUAUCGGUCCGAAAAUUACGAUCGAGGCCAUCAAGGAUGACGUGUUUGAGGAGAGCCCUAGAGCAGACUGGAUGGCUACAAAGCCAUUCUUUUGGCCAAUCCAAGAUGAGCAAAACUGGGAGAACAAGAGGUUUCUCGGCGCUGGGGCCUCUGGCUGUGCGGGAUUGUGGUGUCAAAGUGAUGCCCAAGGUAACAUAUCAAGGCGGAUGGUUAUCAAGGAAGCGAGGCCUGACAAGAUCCAAUGGCGUGACCUUUGCUUUUGGCGAGAUCAAUUGCCGUGCGAGAUCCACAUGCACCAGCUAGUCGACAACGGCCGCGUGGUAUCCGAUAGCGAUGAUGAGCCCGCUGGUUCUGAUCAUGAAACUCUGGUCAGACAUCAUGGUUACCGCUUGAUGAUGACCCAGCGGCGUUAUCGCAUCUUCUUCGACUACUACGAAGGCGGCAAUCUUUGGCAGGCUUUAGAAAAGCACUGCAGCAGAAUGAAGAACACAUUCUAUACCCAAGGCGAGGAGCCAGGGCUUGAUCACGACUGGGAUGAGGAGUUCGGUUGCUACCGUGACUCAAAAGCGGUGCCCGGCGAGGCGGGAUUGUGUGUGAAGAUACCCGAAGGCCUUAUCUGGAGAAUUGCUAGCUCGCUUGUUCAAGCGUGUCAGAUCCUGCAUUUCGGCCAGGUAAGUAUUGGACGUGUGCAGAACACCACACCUGAGUGGAAACCGAUCAAACACUGCGAUAUAAGACUUGACAACAUCUUCAUCAAGCCAGCGGAUGAGGAGAACGAGAUGCAGGAACACCAGUUUGUAGUCAACGACGCAGCAGAAAGCGCUGGGGUAGUACCCCUAGACGAAAAGACAGAUGUAUGGCAGAUUGGUGCAGUACUUUACUCAUUACUCAGUAAUGGUUUCUUCCCCCCUCUCGGCCAAGGGCCAUAUCGCUUUGUCGAGAAAAUUGACGCAACUGUACCUUUCGCCCUCGAACAUGGCGAACUGAGAACCAUCGUCGACCCAGAGGAUGACCCAUGGAAUGACAUGCGUUUCUUUCCUACUUUCAAACGUUACAGCGAGGAUCUGAAGCGGUUGGCGUUCGAGUGUCUGGCAUGGCAUUCGAGUGAACGACCGACGUUAUUGGAGAUGGGAAAUAGGAUCGAUGAUUUCCUUACGACGCACCCGAAUGUUGCGAAUGAUCGGAAUAUGGAAUCGCUAGAGGUCGUUCGAGAUUUGGAAUUCGCGAUUGGGCAACCUAUGAAUUAG